GAGCCCAUUCGUAGAGAGACAGCCCGAGCGUUGAAGCCGGCGGCGCGAGAACUUUGGCGUCUCCCGACGGCGAAGUAGCGCGGGGAUCUGGACCUCCGAGGGACGGAGGCGCUGCUUGAGAGCCCGAGCCUGAGAGGUUGAAACCCUUAUAUUAAGAAUGGUGUUAUGUAAUUGUUGAAGACGGGCCUAAAAGAAGGGAGGGGCGAUGGAUGCUGGAGACGCCGCCAAGGAAUACGCCGCCGGCUUCGCCGCCGGCGUUGCCACGGUCAUCACCGGCCAUCCCUUCGAUACCGUAAAGGUGAAAUUGCAAGCUCACAAUACUAAAACACAAGUAAAGGAGUACAGGAAUGCUUUACAUUGCACCAGUCGGAUCUUGAUUAAUGAAGGAGUAAGAGGACUAUAUAGGGGGGCAUCAUCUUCCUUUGUUGGGAUGGCAUUCGAAAGUUCGCUUCUUUUUGGAUUUUAUUCUCAAACAAAACAGUUAUUACAGGGAGAAUCUCAGAGCAGUACACCACAGCUCCAGGUAAUUAUUCCUUCAGCUGCAUUUGGUGGAACAAUAAUCAGCUUUAUACUGUGUCCAGCUGAGCUGGUAAAGUGUAGAAUGCAAGUUCAGGGAAAGGAUGCAGCAUCAUAUAUCAAAUACAGUGGUCCUCUAGAUUGUGCCAUCAAAACCAUGGAGAGCGAAGGGGUUAGAGGUAUAUUUCGUGGUGGCUUAACAACUUUACUGAGAGAAUCAAUUGGCAAUGCUAUGUUCUUCAGCACUUAUGAGUUUAGUCGUUAUUACAUGAACAAGCAGCUGAAUUCUCCUUCAUCUACCCAUAGCCACCAGUCAAAACUUUUAAUGGAUGCAGGGAUUGGCAUCAUUAGUGGUGGACUUGGUGGAAUUGCUUUCUGGUCAGCUGUCUUACCAUUGGAUGUUGCAAAAACUAUAAUCCAGACUGCAUCUGAUACAAAAACUAGCCGUAACCCUUUUCAUGCGCUAAACUCAAUUUACAGGAGAGUGGGCUUAAGGGGAUGUUAUGCUGGUCUUGGUCCGACAUUGGUAAGGGCAUUUCCUGCUAAUGCUGCUGCCAUUGUGACCUGGGAACUUACUGCUAAACUUCUAGGGGUCAAGCGUCUCUGAUACGAGAAAAUUUGUUAGCUCAGAGUCCUGUGAUUCUUUCUGCCCUUUUGGUCAGGAUCAAAAUUUACAGAGAAAAUAUACAACCACGGGCCUUCUCCAUGGGCUGCGAGUUUGGCCUGUGUAUCAAUAUUUCGAUUUCGUUUCCGAAGAAUCUGAAAGCACUUGCAACAGUUUAUUUUUACCAAAAUUGUGCUCAGUGCUGUAUUUGAGCAAGUUUCCAGGGCCUUGUGCUGCAUUUUUUUCCCCUGGACCGGGAUAGUGCUGAAUAGUGCCGGCUUCUUUAAAUUUCAAAUAAAGAACUCGCUAUUCCAGCUUUUGUAAUUUAAUGAUUUAUUGAUUUCGGCAUAGCAGUUCAUUCUCUCAACGGAUGUGAACCUAUCUAGCUUAUGCAUUUUUUUCUUGUGCUGCAAAUUGUCUCUGUAUCGUUCCUCAGAUGUUGUUGUUGUUAUAUUGGCAGAUUUUUACUUAAAUUUCUACUAUGCUUGCAAUAUAACUAA